ACAACGAGGAGCAAUUCAAGCAAAAAUAUUUAAUCUUACUGCAGGUGAUCGAUAUGAUAUUGGACAAACAAUUUCAUUUCAAUUACAUGAUACAUACGAACAUAUAAUUCAAUUUCCUGCACAAGUUUUAUUAAAUUCAUUUACUGUUUUACUUGCUACAAGAUUAAAACUUACGCAAGAACGUAUAAGAAAUGUUCUUCUUGGAAAAGAUAGCGGACGUGCAACUGUAUCAUUUCAAUUAUAUGAAAUGCCAUCUCAAACACCAACAAACGAACAAGUUAUUCAUCAUUUAAGACAUUUAAUUAAUAAACAAACAUUGAAUUUACUCGAUCCAAAUCGUUGUGUUUUAAAUACAGUUAUUGGAUCAGUAGUUGUCGGUCCUAAAGGUGAACCAGUCAAUGUCAAAUUAUUUCCACAAGCAAGUGGUGAUUAUAUUGGUGAAUUCACACCUACAAAAAUUGGUCAACAUCGUAUCGAUAUAACAUUUGCUAAUGUACCAGUACAAGGUAGUCCAUUUUUUACCGAAGUUUAUGAUCCCUCACAAGUACGUAUUGGCCCAUUACCACGAGAUAUUAUCGCUGCUACAGAAAAUACAUUUGAAAUUAAUUUGGACAAUGCUGGUAAUGUACCAUUGGAAAUUAAAAUUCUAUCACCAACAGGUGUUAAUGUUCCUCUUAAAAUUGAUGAUGCAUCAUCUCGAUCAACAGUUAAAAAAGUACGUUUUACACCUAAUGAAACCGGUGUACAUUAUUUAAAUGCUAAAUUCGGCUCAGAAAUUGUACCAGGUUCACCAAUUAAAAUGAUGGUCAAUGAAUCUCGUGUAGUAACAGCCUAUGGUGAUGGUAUUCAUCAUGCUUUACAUGAAAAAUCAGCUACAUUUAUGAUUGAUACACAAGAUAUGCAAGGCGAUUUAAAAGUCCGUAUUGAAGGUCCAAAUUCAGUUAUUAAAAAUACACUUGAACGUAAUAAUGAUAAUCUUUACAAAGUAACAUAUGUACCAGUUGAAGUUGGAUUUGUUAAUAUAAGUAUAAAAUGGAAUGGAAAAGAUAUUGUUAAUAGUCCAUAUAAAGCAGCAGUUACUAAUCCAGAACGUGUUCGAAUUAUUGGCGGUUGGCAAUCAAUACUUGAUUCAGAAGAUCGUAUGCAUAUUAUUAUUAAUGAAGAAAAAAAAAUUCGUUUCGAUGCAUCUCAUGCUGGACCUGGAACUUUAAAAGCUGAUAUUCGAGGUAUAACCGAUGGUCUUCGUGUACCAAUACGUAUUGAUCAACAAGGUACAUCUUAUACACUUAGUUUUACAGCUAUACGAGAAGGAAAAUAUGAUAUAACAAUAACUUAUGAUGGUAAUCCAUUACCAAAUAUGCCUAUACGAGCUAAUGCAAGUACCGCAAGUACACAUUCAGGUGAACAUUUAAAAGUUGAAGUACAUGGACGUGGUUCAUAUGAAGCUAAAAUCAAUGAAGAAGCAGAAUUUACUAUUGAUGCAUCAAAAGCUACAACACAUGGAUCUGGUAUACCUGUUGUAAGAUUAACAGGUGUUCAAGCUGAUGUUGAAGUUCGUGUUCGACAAAUUGAACAAAAUAUUUUCCAUUGUUCUUACGUACCAACAGCAUCAGGUGCUUAUUUAUUGAGUGUAACAUGGGCUGAACGACAAAUUCGUGGAUCACCAUUUAAAGUUAAUGUUUUAUCAAAUACAAAUGUUAAUCACUCAGCAUCUCGAGUUGUUUGUUCAGGUGAUGGUUUAAAAAUGGGUAUAUUAGGUAAAGAAAUCAAAUGUUUAAUUGAUACACGUGGUGCUGGUCCAGGAGAAUUAACAGCUUAUUGUCAAGGUGCAAGUAAAACAGCAUUUUGUCGUUUAUUUGAUCAUCGUGAUGGAACAUUUACAUUAUAUAUUAAACCACAAGAGAGUGGAAAACAUAUAUUGACUAUUAAAUAUAAUGAUGAAGAUGUACC